AUGACAGUACAAUUAAUAAAGGAUAACAUUUUGACUAUAGAAGUUUUGGAGAACAUCAUAACAUCCACAGCCAUUGCACAUCAAGCUAAUCCAGUUCCCUGCAAAACUAAAUCACCGUGGUAUGAUAAGGACUUUUUUAAGCUGGUUCACACAAGUGCUCCUGAGUUCUCUCUGGAUUCUUCAAUAACAAGCGAUUCCGAUACCAAUAAUUAUGAGGAUUUCGCCAGUAGCAAUGACGAAGCAGGUGCCGGAGACGAAGUAGACGAUCAGGCUUUCAAUGAGAUUAUGAAUAAACCAAAACCGAAUUACACAUGGAAUGUGACAUCGCAAGUCAUGCACCGAGAACAUGGACUUUUAGGCAAUGGUCGUCGAUCACUCCACGGCGGUCUAUCAAAUACGUUUCAAUCACGUUUCUAUGGUUCAAGACAUGUCGUAGAAAAGAUGAAACUUUUACACUCUAUGCAUAAACACAGUGGAUGUGUGAAUUGCUUGAAUUUCAAUAGAUCAGGAAAUUUACUUUGCACUGGGUCCGAUGAUAUGAGAGUUAUUGUCUGGGAUUGGGCGAUGAACAAGACAAAGUUCCAAUACAAAUCUGGUCAUCAAGCGAAUAUUUUCCAAACAAAAUUCAUCGAAAUGAACGGUUGUAUGGAUAUCGUAUCGACAAGUCGUGAUGGUCAAGUACGUGCUGCUUCCAUUCCACCAAGUGGCGGUAAAAUUCGAACUCGAGCGUUGUACAAACACAGCUCGGCGGUUCAUAAAUUAGUUUUAUGUCCACAAAAUCCAUUUGUAAUUUUGAGUGCCGGAGAAGAUGGCAAAAUUGUGUGCUGUGAUCUACGUAAAUCACCAGUGAAUCGUCUCAAGACCGUGAAAGAGGAUAGGAAAAAAGUACCCCUCUACAGUAUAGCUCACCAUCCCUUCGAUCCGGAGAUUUGUGUUUGUGGUAAUGAUAGUUACGUUAGGGUCUAUGAUAAGCGGAACAUGAGUAAAACUCUUCACAAAAUGUGUCCUCAAAGAAUAGACGAUCAAACUAUUACGCCACAUAUAACAUGCUGUGUUUACAAUAAUAAUGGAUCUGAGAUUUUGGCUUCGUAUAGCGAUGACGAUAUAUACUUGUUCAAUAGCAAGGUGUAUACUGCUGGACAAUUUGAACAUCGUUAUAGGGGCCAUUACAACCAUAAGACUAUCAAAGGAGUUAAUUUCUUUGGACCAAAUUCAGAGUAUGUGAUCAGUGGCAGUGAUUGUGGUAAUAUAUUCUUCUGGGAUAAAAACACAGAGUCCAUUUUGAACUUCAUGGAAGGUGAUAAUUCUGGAGUGGUCAAUUGCUUGGAACCACAUCCUACAAUACCGGUACUAGCUACAUCUGGACUGGAUUGGAAUAUUAAAAUAUGGGCACCCAAUAGUGAAAUCUACCCCCCCGUUAUGACAAAACUUGAUAAGUGUGUUAAGAAAAAUCUCAAACGAUCUGUGGUGGAGGAGAUUGAUGGAUUCGAUGAUCGUCAAUUUUAUUAUUUCGUUCGUCAAUUUUUACGUAAUUCACGACCAAGUGAUAAUCAAGAUAAUGCAGGAACUGAUCCUGAUGCAGCCACUGUACGUACUAGUAGCUCAGAGUCUGAUGAAGAUGAAUAUAAUUUUUCCAACGAUCAGAUGGCCCGUGUUUUUCAACCUUCGUGUCAUCCUCAAUAAAAAUGCUUCCUGGCGUGUAAGUGAAUAGCAGGAAUUACUUAUAAAUAAUAUUAUAUUUGUUCUGUUCAGUACUUAUGUUAUUCGUUAAAUGAAAUGGAAACUUUAAAUAAUUUAGUUAAUUAAAUGGUUUUUUUAUUUCUAUAGGCCAUGAAUAAUAAUAAAGUAUAUUUUUUGAACUUUUAAUAAGUUUAAUCGAAUGAAUUACUAAUUUUACCCAAGUUCAAAUUAAUAUGAGUGUCAAAGUAAAAUUAAAAAAAAAAAACUGUAAAAGAUCCCAAUCAGACUAUAAAGACUUAAAUUAAGACUAACCAAACAGUUUGUUGAUGAAAAUAGAGAAAAAUCACUAAAUAAAGCUAAAAAGGGUUAAGUGAUUUGUUAUUCGGAAAUUAAUUUAAUUAAGUUAUCUAUUGUUUUGUUCUUGGGUAAAGUAAUAAAAUAAAUGUGAAUGCAAUUUAUAAAAGAGCAAAUAGAUUUGUCAGUUUAUUUUCUUUUAUUCAACUGUAAUUUUAUUAUAAACAAAAGUUUCCUUUCUAGUUAUACAAUACAAAAAAAAAUAUAAAAACAAAUCUGAGAAAGAUAAUUAAUAAUAUGUAAACAAAGAAUUCAUUUUUGUUGUUACCAAAUCAAUCUUA